CAGCCAACGCUUCUUGCUAUCAUCCCCAACAGCACAACACACAGACAGACGAAGGAACAUCAACCAACGCACAGCUGUCAAGGCAGCGACAACAACAGCCAACAAGCCAACAAGAAGAUGGGAGCGUGGGUGUUCUUCGAUGAGCUUGUGCUCUCCGUCAUCGUGUUGGUGGCAGUGGGGUUCUGUGUCAUUAGCGGGAUUUCCAUUGGUGUGAAGCACAAGCUGAAGCACACACUGUGGACAUGGUCUCACCUUGGACCCUGGUGGUACAUCGGCGGGCUAAUUGUUAUUGGCGUCACCUCCAUCGGCUUCCAAAGGACAGGCACCGCGACCACCGCAUGCAGCAUCAAUGGGGCGUUCAUGUACAUUGGCGUGGCCAUUGCGGCGUUCUCGUGCCACCACUUGCUGGUGCAUCACACGCUGUCGUGCGUGUGCGCGCAAACCUGGGCCCCGCCAGCGUGGGCGGCAUGGCUAUUUCGCCACUUUGUGCUGCUGCACCACGUCAUCACAUGCGUCCUGCCCAUCUUGCUGGCGGCCGCAAUGAAUGCGGUGGAUCCGGCCGUGUUCGCCACCGCAACCACGUGCUCCUUCAACACACGCGCUGGCGCCGCCUUCAUUGGGCUGGUGCCCCUCUUCUUCGUGGCACUGAGCAUGGUGCUGCUUGUCGUCCUGCACAUGACCCGCAGCACGACCGCGGGCUGGGUCAGCCGCAGCCACGCCGCCAUGUAUGCAGUCCUUGGCAGCUUGCUUGCGUUGCAAAUCGGCACCAUUCACGCCCUCAACAGCACGCCCACGUCAGAGUGGCAGGUCAUUCACAUCACCGCAUUCAUCGUCCAAUCGUGCUUGGUGUUGGUUGUGUCCACCAUCUGGACCAUGGCGCCCGUCUCCCGUCACCAACAGCGCGCGAGCAUUGAGGGAAAACGAGGCGGUAAACGCAGCCAGCACACGUCUGCUGCUUCAGUGGAUCACCGCACAACAGCCGUGGGCUCACGUCAGGCCUCAUAUUUGAUGGCCAACAACGGUGCGCCAGAGACGAACGACGAUCUUCCAUUUGAGUGGGACGACGCAGCGUCCACCCCCUCGUUCAACAGCAAACUCAGCCAUCACAUUGACGGGUACACGCCCAUGUCCACCCCGAAACCGAUGCCUGCUGUUGGCCCCCGGCCCGUCGCACCACCAAAGAAGCCUGUUCGCCGACACCGCGUGAAACAGCAGCAACAGCAGCAAAUGGGUGUGCAGGGCCCUGAAUAUGCGUCGUCUCCACUGCAUGCUGAAGAGCAUUCAGACGGCGCCGUGUACUAUGCAAUGAACGAGCUGCCGCGGCCACCGCCAGCAGCAACCGCGUACGCAGGAGCUGGGACAGCAGCAGCUCAGCAGCAGCACGCGGGCGGGGUGGCACUAUCGCCUUAUGUUCCGAUUGAGAUGACGCGGCGGGAUGCUGCGGGUGUGCGGCCCAUUCACCUCCCACGCCCCGCACAGCAGAAGCCGCUCGUCAUCACCGAGCGCAUGUCGCCCACAACCAGGAAACACCAGCUGUAG